UAUCCAUCAUGGGAUCAUGAAUGUAUUCGGUUGAUUUAAGUGUCAUUUUUAUAUUCGUACCACUUUUUGGCCAAAUUAAAUUUCCAAAUUAACAUGAAUCCAUAUGUUUUGGCUCGCAAAUACAAAAAUUAAAAUAAAUACUUUAAAUCAUGGGGGAAAUUAUGAAAUAACAGUGUAACUAUGUGUAACCAAGUUUCAAGAUUUAUUCGAAAUCCAAUUUUAAAAAAGUCCUAAAAUAAUUUUCUUUUGAGUUUUGAGUAUUCAGUUCAUAUAAAAAUGCCACCUAAAGCUCCGCCACCUAAAUCUCCGCCACCUAAAGGUGGCAAGGACAAAAUGAAUAAAGGAAAAAAUAAGGGAAAGCGUAAGAAGCACAGAUUAAAUCUGAAAGGAUUUCUGAAGACGCCAGCCGACUGGGCAAGAUUCGAUGCCUGGGCAAAAGUCAAUGCUCAACCCAGAAAACAACCUGAGCCAGAACCAAUCGAAAGAUCAGCGAAACCCUUAAGCUAUUUUAAGAAAAGGCUUCAGGUCUUAUCGAAACCGCAUAAGAAACCGGAUUCGAGUAUUAAUUGUCGAUUGGCCCUUGAAGUCUCGAAGGCUGCAUUGAAAGCGAAACCUUCGAAAAGAAUAAUAAAAAUGUCGCUAUUUGUCGCACGGGUGGUAGACUACGGUCGAGAAUUUCCAUUACAAAUAUCGCAGGCAGCUUUGCGUUACAAGCCGAGUCAAAGGAUACUGGAAAUAAGUCAGCCACAUAAGUUCAUCCCGGAGGAGUGCAAAUCUUUGGAAAUAUCGAAAAAUGCACUGAAGCAUAAAACUACAGCCAGGGAGAGGAGAAUGGCGAUAGGGAAAAAAGCAAUCGAAUGUCCAGAUCAACUCACCGAUGAGGAACUUGAUAUUCUGAUGACACCAACAGGAAUUCGUAGAAGUGCUUUGAAUUACAAGUUUACGUCAUGGAUGCUAUUGCUGUCUUUGCCUUCGUACCGAUUUUUGAAAGAGAGAAGUGACGAGGAUGCGAAGACAUGGAAAAAGUUGCUGGUCGAAGAAAGUGAAUCGCGUGGUAAAAGAGCAUUGGAGGAGAAGAAGAAAAAGUUGAAACCAGAGAAAUCAAAGGCGAAGCAAAAGAAAGCGUCGAAAAAGAGCGACGAGAGUCCUGAAAAAGAAGAGAAAGUUGGUGAUCAGAAGGUAGAGAAUAUCGAAGAGGAGAAAAAGGAAGAGCUUAAAGAAGAACAGGAUACGGAGAAACAGGUAGACGAAGAAAAUAAAGUUAUAGAAAAUCAAGAUCAGGUUGAGAAGCAAGAGAACUUGGACACCGAAUCGAAGAAAGUUGAGAAUACACCGGCCGAGGAUACAAAGCCAAAAGUGAUAGAACACCAACCAAAGAAGAGAAGAAGGAAGAACGUUCAAAAAGGAAAAGGAAAAGAGGAAGAAGCAAAGAAAAAGAAAGCUGAAAGAAAUGCCUGGAGAACGGAACCAUCACCUUGCAAAAUGGAGGCAUUUAGAGUGUCGAAGGCUGCUCUAAAAGGAAAAGUCUCACCGCGAAUGGCCGAAUUGGCUAAACCGCAUAUCCACAAGACUGAUUCCUGCAGGAAGAAUCCAUUUGCAGUUAAAAAAGGGGCUCUGUCAGCUCAGGCUUCCGGUCGCGUAAUAGAAAUGGCGCAACCAACUAGACCACGAGAUACCGUAACGAGAGAACCACCUCGUGAGAAAGACCCAUAUGGUCGUCCCAUAUAUCCAAAACCGCCAUAUGGUAAACGCGUGCUUAGAUUAAAACCAUAUGUCAUGGGCAAGUGCAAGGACAAGGAAGAAAAGGUGGAAAAGCCAAAGAAAACAAAGCCAAUAGAUCCAAUAGCUUAUGCAACUACCAUUGAUCCUUGUAUCGAUCCUGAAGGAGCCAAAAGACAAGCCAGAGCCAGGAAGCGUGUUGAGCAGAUGAAAAAAACAAAGCAGUCUCAAAAAACAAAUGCAAAAGCUGAAAGUAAUACGUCAAAUACAAAAGACAAUAAAGCUAAAACUAAUACGUCAAAUACAAAAGACAAUAAAGCUGAAACUACUAUAUCAAAUACAGAAGACAAUAAAGCUGAAACAACUGUGUCAAAAACAGAAGACAAUGAAGCAGAAACGUAAAAGACGGAAUAAUACGAAGAAAGGCUGUAUUAAUCAACAGGAAAAAGAUCAAUACUAAGAAUACUCAAUGGAAAUAAGAUUUACGAUGUAUGACGCAUAAAAAUAAUAUUACUGUAGGAAUAUCACCCAGAACUUGGUAUUCUUACGUAAAUGAUAAAUAUUAUAAAAUAUAUAUCUCUUAGCUCAUAAAGAAAAAUAACUAACAUUUUUUUAACACAUAUUUUUCUUCGUAUUUCAACAUAGAAAUAAAAACACAGUUUAAUAGGCACUUAUGCAUAAACAAAAAGGUGUGCAGAGUUGAGUGUUGCAUGAGGCCUCAGGAGGGAAAGCGAGAGCGGAAACUGAUAGUCCACAUGGUUAAAAUUAAUUUUUAUCACUCAACACUCAAAUGACACUUGGUGAAAAUAUCGAUAUGUUUGGCAUGUGGAUGAAGCAUCGGAUCCUUAGCCGGAUACUCUGCUUCUUGAUUGUCGAUGCGAUUAAGUAUUUAACUCUUGUCAUUAUGUCGAGGUCAGCUGUAAGCGUAGCCCUCAAAGGUGCAUUGCCUCCUUUAUUGCUUCUGUGACAAUGAUUUAUUCAGCCUCCUUGGACGAUAGAACCACUGACGUUGCUUCUGGGAUUCCCAGGAAAGAGUUGCUCCACCCAGGGCAAAAACAUAGCCUGAUCAGUUUCUUACAUACACGUGCAUACCCACUGUCUACCAACUUGACGAAGUCAUCUAUAUGUAUAUUUCCUUCUUGAGACGGCACAUACUGUCACCAGGGUCAAGACUGGCCAUUAUCCUCUUCACAAGACUUUCAACUUAGGUCCCGGGGCUCUUACCCGGGAAAUAUUUCUAAAAAUAUGAUUUUAAACAACUCAGGGACCUUUGUAAUUACUUCUUCAUUAUGGCUGCUAUGCAAAUAUGCUGUCUUGAUAUCCGCUUAUUGCAUUUCAAGAUCCACGUAUAGAGCAAGAGCAACUAGUUAUCGAAUGAUAAUGAAAUUUGAAAUAUCGGCGAUAACUCUUGGCUGCUAUUCGGUUUUUCCUUGUUAUGCUAUCUUAUUUAUUUUUAGAAUUCAAGACCUACUACGCAGUCUUAAUUUUUUUCUCAUCGAAUGAUCUCCCAAGUAUCAUUCUUAAUCAGAGUUGUAAUCUCAGUGAGAAUUAUUUCCUCUCAUUAUUCGUAAUGUUGUGUUUAUGUAUACCUACAGAUUAACGUAUGCGUCUUGUAAGCAUGCUUAUAACUGCGCUAUAGUGCCGCCAUUGUUAUCUGUAGUAUUUCAGAGUGACUAAUAAUUCGUGGUAAAAUAUUAUUUCAAAAGAUCGUUACGUAUUAAUCAUUUCUGAAACAAUAAAAUGUUACUAAUGCUAUUUUACAACCGCGUCUAUUGGCAACAAUUCACAUGAUACGUAUAUAAAGUAUAUGUUAUAAAUAAGUAAGAAGUCCAAGAGCCAAUGACAGUUUCAAACCACUCAGGAAAAAAUUAUUAUAAAAUAAAAUCCAAAAUUUGUCUCUAUCUCAUCAUAUAGAAAAAUCUCAUGAGAAUUGAAUGUGAAAAUGUAAAUUCUAUAUAAAUAAUAUUCCCAAGGAUCAGUUUUAUGCAUAAAUGCGUUCAGAUAGAGAGAAAUUUUUGGUCCGAGUAUAUAAUUUUAUAUGAUUAUAUAUAAUUAUUCUUUCUGAGCAUGAAAAGAAUCAUGUAAUUCUGAUUAAAAGAGUGACGUGCAAUGUUAUCCAUACGCAACAAGAUAUGACCUUG